GGUGACCACCUCCAGCUGAGAAGUAGUUAAAUACAGGCCAUGGGCCCCCAUGGGAUAACACACAGUACAUUAUUUUACCAACGGUACUUUCACAUGCACUAGUCGUAUUGACCUAUAUUAUUCCCUUGCCUGCAGCAAAAGUCCAAGUUCGCCAUCAAUUGCCGUGUAUCUUUCCAUACCCAUUCACCAUUCGCGCCACGAUACAGCCCUCCUUGGGUUGGUGUGUGUCAAGUUCAACCCUGGUCCCGAAUUGUUCGCUACUGCUCCGGACGGACCAGAACGUCUUGUAAAUAUUGGUCCCAACGGAAACCAAAGUAUCAGAAGCGACAUACUGGCUCACUACCCUCUAUUGAACACGCCUUAACACCUCCGAUUCGCAUUCUGGCAAACGAAAACCUCUGACGCCUACAGUUACGACUACACGCCGACACUCGACCUCGCCCAAUUUUAGUUCGUACGGGUACGUACCCAAUUAGCUGACACAAGCACACUCGCCGUUGGUGUCGAUUCUCCUCUCCAGAGUACGUUCGCCUACUGUGCCAACCUGCUGCGUACACAUUCCAUUUGCCAAUUCGUCUAUCCAGGACCAAGGUAGUCCGUAGACGAGUUCAUGAGAAGUGCUAGGUAGAUUGCGACUAGAUCCUAAUUAGUAACGGAGAUCAGGCCCACUAUUAAUACCUCCAUGCCUCUUUCUGAUUGGUUCACGCAAUCCCACGCCGCCUCAUGCGAAGAAACCCACACGGACUCGACACUUAUCGAUUCGACGGCUACUAAUAAAUUCCAGUACGCAGGCAACUCCAACUCUUCUCCAUUACAUAUACAAGAACAUCAAUCUUCACAUUCUUCUCCAGACUCACAGAGCUCUGCUUCAUUCCCUCCGACUCCAGAAGAGUGCGAUUAUAUCUACAAUUUGAACUCUAACAUGACGACAACCUCUUCACCAAUAAACAUUGCCACACCCACCAGAAAUACAUCGUCAUCUCCGUCAUCCCAAGGCAACAAAAAUAAUUCCAAUUAUCUCGACCCGGAUUCACAAGCGUCCGCCAGAAUCAUGACGACCGGUACAGGAUUCGACGACAACAUGGGCCGAUCCAGACAAGAAUCGUUUGCUGCUGCCAAACCCAUAUCUAUGCACAAUCCAAACAGAAUUAAUGAUCGUCCUCGUCGCGAAAGUUUGGCAGGCAGCCUCGUCGGAGGCAUGAGUUGGGGAGGUGUGUCUGUUGGCAGCUGGAUUCGAGACGACAUUAUCAUGGCCGGCACCUCUCCAUUUCCAUAUCAAUCGCCUUCAUAUCAUUCUUCUUCGUAUCUUCCCAAGCUCGAAGCCAACUUUAUGAAAGAUUUCAGCUGUUGUGGCAAUACAUUACCAACACUACACGACCUUUUGCAACAUUAUGAAGAGUGUCAUGCGCAACAGACCCCGGCAUCCCUUCGCAACAAUUCAUCCAUUGUACGAGCUCGGGAAAACUCAACACCCAACGGUAGAGCAGGUAUGGCAAUACAAAACACAUCCGCCGCACAACAUCACGCUCAGCAGCAACAAACGCAGCCAUCACAACAGCCUCGGCUUUCGGGCUUACAGAUGCCACAAGCCGGUGCCAGUGUAGGAGGUAUUCAAUUGAUGCGACAGCAGCAACGCUCACAACCAGCUACUCCCAUACAAAAAACUAACCAAGGUACCACUGAUGAGAUGGAUGGAGUUGAAGACAUGGAGAUGGACGAUGCUAUCGGACCUAUGGAUUCCGCUCCGGAUACACCGGUUCAAUCUUCACAUAAUCAUCAGCCUGUGCAGGCAGCACAACAGUCUAUGUUCGGCCAACAACCAAGACCCACCAUUAAUCUUAACUCCACCAUGCAACACUCUGGUCUCCGAGCAUCCCAACCACCGACUCCCGCAACUUCCUCUUUUGGAUUUCAGAAUAACCCGACCGUUUCCUCUGUUAACACCCCUACUUUGACAGCACAACCCAUGCAGCAAUCACAGACAUUUUCGCCAGAUACCUCGGCUCCCGGUACCCCAUCGGAAAUGGAUGGAGAUUUUACAAGCAUGCCUAUGAAUAUGAAUAUGGGGAAUAGAAAUAUGAAUAUGAAUAAUAUGAAUUUCCCAUUCAAUUUCGGUGGACAUGAUUUAGGGUUGGAUCUUUGUAUCGAUGAACCCGCCAAGCGUCUCUACAGUCCUAAUGGCGGUGGCUUUAAUAACCAAAGAGCCCUCCAACAACAAUUUGCCCAGUUUGGGCUAGGACAGGGACAAUUUGCAAGCAACACUGAUUUAAUGAGAGCAUACCAACAACAACAGUUGAUGGCAAGCAUGAACGGAAUGGGAGAUCCCACAGGAAUGAUGAUGGGAGAAGAGCACAAGCCAUUCAGAUGCCCCGUCAUCGGGUGUGAAAAGGCCUACAAGAAUCAAAAUGGUCUCAAGUAUCACAAGACGCACGGUCAUCAAACCCAACAGUUGCACGAAAACGGCGACGGUACAUUUUCGAUUGUCAACCCAGAAACUUCUAUUCCCUACUCAGGCAAUGAAGGCAUGGAAAGAGAGAAGCCGUACAAGUGUGAUUACUGUGGCAAGAGAUACAAGAACUUAAAUGGUCUCAAAUAUCACAAACAACAUUCUACUCCCUGCGACCCCGAGCUCAAAUUAAACAACCACUUGGCUGCUGCUGGGUUGGCAGGUCUCGGAGUCCCCAUGGGAGGCUUGCCAGGUAUUGGUGAAGAAGGCAUGAUGUGAUCUAUCCUCUACUCGGACUCCCGACAAUUUUCCGAAAUAAGCCACGCGAUUUAUUUCGAUUUCGAUCCCAGUAAUUACCAUCUCACGAGUAACGAAUUUCCCAGAAUCCUUUUUUUUUCCAAAUUCUCACAGGCGUUUCUACAACAAAACGAUUGCAUUGGGCGGAGUUCUGAAUCAUGCAGAUGAGAGUAUAGAGAUUAUACCCCGACAUAGAUUGAAUUGGUUUGAGGGAAUCAGACGAUGGCUUUCAGCCGAUGGUGACAUAGCUUCACAAACGCAAAUAUAUAUAUUUGUUGUUCUCUGGAACUUCAGCAGAAGGGCGGCUGAUCAUUCAUUGGCUGAAUCUUGCAUACGUUUAUUACUUUUCUCCGUACAUUACAAGAGCCUAAUACUCCUUUUCCUUUUUUAUGUUUUCAAAAUCAAAAAUUGCACCGUUUUCCUUUUGUUUCUUGUUUUCUUUACCUCUCUCACAGUCAUUCCGUGAGCAAAACGAAGGCGUUUUUCAUUAAUAGCGAAGAAUGUGGGUUAUAAGUCGCUUCAAUAGAUUGGUAGGAUUCGAACUUUUUAUGUAUGUAUGGGGUUUGUUUUGAGGGGUUUAGAGUGAUCAAUCAUUGAAUAUCAUUUUGGAUAUAUCAUUGACACUAUGAAGACGAAUCUCAUUUGGUAACGAGUUUGGAGUUGGGCAAAAUAGUUUGGGAUGGGAAUAAAAACUUAACGGAUGGUUGGUUGGAUUGCUUGGGCUUUGCGAGAUGGAAGAGAAAAUGGGAGGGAUGGAUCGAAAUCUCUAGAGGCGUUUGAAUUUGUAAAGUCCCUACUCUUUCUUGAUAGGGUUAUUAGUAUGGGAGUUGAAUAUGUCAGUUAACUGGAUCUACUAGAUCUUUUGUUGUAAUUCGAUUUUGUGA